AUGUGUAGUUUGUCGCCGAGUCUGUUGUUACCGACAAAGCUGAAACCAGCUAAUUCGGACAACCGGAACAGCUCACUCUUUCUCGCCAAUAGAAGAUCCAAGACCAAGAGGAAGAAUCAAUCAGUUGUUCCCAUGGCAAGAUUGUUUGGACCGGCGAUUUUCGAAUCAUCCAAGUUGAAAGUAUUGUUUUUAGGAGUUGAUGAGAAGAAGCAUCCAUUAACACUUCCAAGAACUUAUACGCUCACUCAUAGUGACAUCACAGCUAAAUUAACUUUAGCUAUUUCAAACUCCAUUAACAACUCUCAGCUGCAAGGAUGGGCAAAUAGGCUAUACCGAGAUGAAGUGGUAGCAGAAUGGAAGAAAGUGAAAGGGAACAUGUCGCUUCACGUCCACUGUCACAUAAGCGGUGGCCAUUUCCUUUUAGAUCUAUUCGCAAAGUUUAGAUACUACAUCUUCUGCAAAGAACUACCAGUGGUGUUGAAGGCUAUUGUUCAUGGAGAUGUGAACUUGUUGAACCACCAUCCUGAGUUACAAGAAGCUCUUGUUUAUGUCUACUUCCAUUCCAAUGUCAAUGAGUUCGACAGAGUCGAGUGUUGGGGUCCGCUUUGGGAAGCUACUUCCCCUGAUGGUCACAGGACUCAAACUCUUCCUGAGAAGCAGUGCGCGGAUGAAUGCAGCUGCUGUUUCCCACCUGUUAGCUCGAUUCCAUGGUCACAUAGUCUUAGUAACAAAGGUGUUGAUAGCUACUCUGCGACUCAAGGAGAGGGAAUGUCUACUCCUAGUCCAGAGAAACUCUAG